AUGUUUAUUAGAGAAGGAAGAUUCUUUAUGAAAUGGGACAAGCUUAGUUUAUCGAAUGAAGGCGCUAAUGCUGAUCAAGAUUUAGGCGUCAAUGCUGAUCAAGAUGGAGAUGCUAAUGAACAAGAUUUAGGCGCUAACAAUAUGAGAUUGGACGAGCUUAUUUGCUGGAAUGAUGUAACAUUGCUUGAUCUUCUCUCUCGAGGCGAUACUGAACAGGCUCCUAAUGAUCAAGAUGGAGAUGCUCAUGGAGAAAAUGCUGAUCAAGAUGGAGAUGCUAAUGAACAGGUUCCUAUUGAUCAAGAUUUAGGUGCUAACGAGCAAAAUACUGAUCAAGAUGGAGAUGCUAGUGAACAGGAUUUAGGUGUUAAUGAGCAAAAUUCUGAUCAAGAUGGAAAUGGUAAUGAACAGGUUCCUAAUGAAGAAGAUUCAGGAACACUACUGAUCAAGAUGAAUAAAGAACUGAUCAAGAUGAAGGCACAGCUGAUCAAGAUGGAGAGACAACUGAUCAAGAUGCAGGAAGAACUGAUCAAGAGGCUACAGAUCGAGACGCUACUGCUCGAGACACUACUGAUCGUGAUGGAGACAAUUGAUCAAGAUGGAGACACAACUGAUCAAGAUGGAGAUGCUAAUGAACAAGAUUUAGGUGUUAAUGAGCAAAAUCCUGAACAAGAUGGAGAUAGUAAUGAACAGGUUCCUAAUGAACAAGACUUAGUACCGCUACUGAUCAAGGUGAAGACAGAACUGAUCAAGAUGAAGGCACAACUGAUCAAGACGGAGAGACAACUGAUCAAGAUGAAGACAACUGAUCAAGAUGGAGACACAACUGAUCAAGAUGGAGAUGCUAAUGAACAAGCUUUAGGCGCUAAUGAGCAAAAUCCUGAUCAAGAUGGAGAUGGUAAUGAACAAGAUUCAGAAACGCUACUGAUCAAGAUGAAGACAGAACUGAUCAAGAUGGAGAGACAGCUGAUCAAGAUGGAGAGACAACUGAUCAAGAUGAAGAAAGAACUGAUCAAGAGGCUAAUGAUAGAGGUGGUACUGAUCAAGAAGCUACUUAUCAAGAUGGAGACAACUCAUCAAGAUGGAGACACAACUGAUCAAGAUGCAGGCGCUAAUGAGCAAAAUGGUGAUCAAGAUGGUGGCAGUAAUGAACAGAAUCAUGAUCGAAACGAAGGCGCUCCAAUGAACUGA